UUUUGAUGAAUUAUUUCAUACCACAACACACACCCCAUUCUUCUCUCUCUCCUCUCACUCAUAUACUCACACACAGAUCCAAAAUUCCUAGAAACCGAAAAAAAAAAGAAGAGAGAGAACCCAUUUUUCUCUUUGCCUCUCUAAACUCACCACCACCACCAACAUAAUCCUCCAUAGCUGCAUUAUCUCCGGAUCUCAAAGGUCGAAACUUUUUCAAAACCCCACUUGAAAAACUAAAGCAAAGCAAAAAGGAGGAAAGACUAAAGAAGGAAGCAGCAUUCAGAUGCCUCAUGUGAGAUGAGGAAGAAAGAAGCCAUAACCAUUCACCAUUUCCACCUCAUUGCCUUGUUUCUGGGCUCACUCACACUCACCCUCUCCUCCUCCUUCGCCGCCGCAACAAGCACCACAAAGCACGAGUUCAAUGGAGCACUCACGGAGGCAGAAACCAUGUACAUCAAGCAGAGGCAGCUUCUCUACUACAGAGACGAGUACGGAGACAGAGGAGAAGAUGUUACAGUGGACCCUACCUUGGUCUUUGAGAACAACCGCAUCAGAAACGCAUACAUAGCCUUACAAGCAUGGAAGCAAGCUAUUGUCUCUGAUCCUCUGAAUCUCACCGCUAAUUGGGUAGGUCCUAAGGUGUGCGACUACACUGGAGUCUUCUGUGCACCUGCACCUGAUGACAACAGGACCCGCACCGUUGCCGGCAUUGACCUCAACCAUGGCGACAUUGCUGGUUACCUGCCUGAGGAGCUUGGCUUGCUCACAGAUCUUGCUCUCUUCCACAUUAACACAAACAGGUUCUGUGGCACACUUCCCCACAAGUUCGACCGUCUCAAGAUCCUCUUUGAGUUAGAUCUCAGCAACAACCGGUUUGCCGGUAAGUUCCCGGCGGUAGUUCUGCGAUUGCCCAAGCUUAAAUUUCUAGAUCUGAGGUUCAACGAAUUUGAAGGCACAGUGCCUUCACAGCUCUUUGAUAAAGAUCUGGAUGCCAUUUUCAUAAAUCAUAAUCGUUUCGUCUUCGAUUUACCGGAUAAUUUCGGUAAUUCGCCUGUGUCGGUAAUAGUUUUGGCGAACAACAAGUUCCACGGCUGUGUGCCUUCAAGCAUCGGAAACAUGUCAAGGCUGAACGAGAUUAUUCUGAUGAAUAACGGAUUCCGUUAUUGUUUUCCGGCAGAGGUAGGGUUGUUGAAGAAUCUAACUGUGUUCGAUGUGAGCUUUAAUCAGCUGGUGGGGCCUUUGCCAGACGCAAUUGGUGGAGCGGUGAGCUUGGAGCAACUUAAUGUGGCACACAACUUGCUCUCUGGUGUAAUUCCGGCUAGUAUUUGUUCUCUGCCAAAUUUGGAGAACUUUACAUAUUCUUAUAAUUUCUUCACGGGUGAGCCACCGAGGUGUUUGGCUCUGCCGGCUUUUGAUGAUAGGAAGAACUGCUUGCCUGCUAGGCCACUGCAGCGCUCUGCCGCCCAAUGCAGGGCCACGCCUUCAGUGAAUUGCGGCUCUUUCAGGUGUAAGCCUUUUGUUCCGUCAAUUCCUUCUCCGCCUCUUGCUCUUCCUCCUCCGGUAUUAUCGCCUCCCCCCACCACCACCUCAUUCGCCACCGCCACCACAUUCACCACCACCUCCACCACCUCACCACUCACCUCCGCCACCACCUCAUUCACCACCACCACCCAUUUACCCUUACCUCUCACCACCGCCACCACCUCCUGUCCACUCACCUCCUCCACCAGUCUAUUCACCACCACCACCAUCACCGCCCCCACCAUGUAUAGAGCCGCCACCACCUCCUCCACUAUGUAUAGAACCACCCCCACCACCACCUCCGCCUCCCCCUUCGCCACCACCAUGCGAAGAGCAUCCACCACCACAACCAUCACCACACCCUGCACCUUACCAUCCACCGCCAUCACCAUCACCGCCACCAGCACCUGUAUAUGAAGGGCCCUUGCCACCUGUUAUCGGAGUCUCGUAUGCAUCACCACCACCACCACCUUAUUAUUGAUUCUUUUGAGAACUUCCUCCUCUAACCCCACUUUCUCCCUCUACUCUCUCUCUACCAAACACCAUAAAAAAAAUUCACAUUUUUACUACUGGGGUGGAUGAUGUUAAUUUUCUUCUGUACCAAAAUUAUUGUUAUUAUUAUGCGAUUCUCGUCGCUUUUGGGGCUUCAAUAAUAAACCAAACAGAAGACAUGGGUUUGUUGUUUUUUCUUUUAAAUAUUUUUAUGUCGUUUAUGGGUCCAUAGAUAAACAUAGAAGAAGAAGAAGAAUUCGAAGGAGGAUGAAGAAGAAGAGGUUAUGGUGGAAUUGAGGUAAGAGGAGAAAGUCUCUCUCCCAUAUUGAUCUGAAAUUGUUAUGGAUAUUCUGAGUUGUCAAAAAAAUAAUAAGAAAAAAAACACAAGAGAGUAAGUAGGUUGCAGUGAAAGAAAGAAAGGAAAAAAAAAUGUAUGUAUAGGGAUGGAUCAUGGAUGAAUUCGGAGAUCAUAAUUCUCGGCUUCAAUGGCAGUGGUUACUUGUUGAUGCUACUGCCCUUGUUUCUGGAGUUUAUUGUCAUUGUCAUUGUCUCUUUCAUAUCAUACUCUUUUUUUUUUUAAUUUUAUUUUUUCUUGAUUUUUUUCUUUAUUUCUUUUGAUUUGCAAUUUAUAGUAUAAUUUAUGAACAUUUCAUCAUCUUGUAUUGAUUUUCAGAAUUGAGCCUUGAUUUCUUUCUCUUA